AGAAAUUUCUUUUCAUUCAUUAUAAUUCAUAUAUUCACAAUUAUUUACAUACAAUAUUACAUACAAUAUUAAUUAUUUUCAUACAAUAUUAAUUAUUUUAUAUAUCUCUCAAAAUCAUUUUUGUUGGUUGAAUUUUGUAACUACUUGAAGAACGAAAAAGUAAAUGUAAAAUAAUUUUUGAAUGUAUUUAAAUAUUUGAGACAAAUUAUGAUGAAGAACUAGGUCGACUAAACUUUGCGCUUGGAAAUUAUCUGGAAAACGCCGCGCAUUGAUAAAACUGAUUUUAAUAAUAGUUUGUUUCGAAGCAUACGGAAACUGUCGUAACCCUUUACAUCUAGUAUGGUUGUGAAUCCUUACUCGGCCUUACUUUAGGUGUCCAGAAUGGAAGAGCUCCCGCAAGGCAGCAAUUUCCCAUGGACCCUAUGUUUUGGCACUCAUUCCCCACUUGAAGCUUGCUAGUCUAGUUUCCGUUACGAUCGAUCGUGCGAUCGCCUUUGAAAUCGCGGAUGUCCGUCGAUUUCCUCUCGUGUUAAAUACGCGAUUUCGUCCGACUCGAUUCUCUCUCGCUGCUACUUUUGCCAAACAAGUUGUGGAUGAAUUUUAAAUGGCAAAUGCUAAAUUUUAAUUAUAUUGUACUUUACAUUACGAUAUUUAAGAAUAAUCAAAAUUAGAAAUCGGAUGAUAAGUAUUAAUUUGAAACACCAUUAAAGCAUCGAAUUAUGUAAAUCGAGAGAUUCCUACCUCUCUUCUCACGCACUCUUUUCGCGAGAAUAUUUGCUCAAGACGCUUAUUAUCGACGAAACGACGGCGCAAAUUGAAUUCGCGUAUGCUUCUCAGGCCACAAGCGUCACAUCUAGUUCGCCAUUGAGCCAUCGGGAAAUUUUCAUUUUUAGUUAGAAUUAAAACUCUUAUGUGAUACAAAGCUUUCAAGCGAAACACCAAGAGAAAGCUCUACGCGGAUAAUCGAGGAGCGGUAACUCGCGUACAGGCACAAUUUUCGCAUUAUGUAUCGGUUUUAGUGCCAAUUAAAUUCGCUAGCUCGACUAGCCGAUCGCAAUCGUUGUAGGCAGCAUUCUUAGAACAUCGAUCGCGAGAGAAAAUAUUUAUAUAUUAAAGAUUGGGGAUCUCAAGCGGAUGAUUUUUCUGACACUGUGUUAUAGGAAAUCUUCCUCUUGUCAAGAACUAUGAAAGCUUUAGAAUUCUCUAAAAACAUUUUGAGUUUUUGAAUGAUUAAUUUUACGAUUCAAUUUUGUUUCAGACAAAAUCUUAAAUUAAGAAUUAAAUACAAUUAAUAAUAGUGACGUUAUAAUAUUUAGUGCAAUAUAAAAUAAAAAAUAAUAAUACAUGCAUAUAUAGCAAAUAACAGUAUGUUUAGUCUAGCUUUGAAAAAUUAAUUAGGAGCUUUGAAAGAUUGAUUAGGAUGUACAUUAAUAAAAAAAAUUACAAGAUAUUUGCUUGAGAUCCCUCUUUAGAUAGGUGAACAAAUUCUCUAGUGUAAGUUCAAAUAAUUUAUACGCAAGGGUGAGGUAGAGUAAACGAUUUAAGCGGUUUUAACUGAGCAAUCUAACGGAGCACGAAUUGAUAAUAAACGAAGUAUUGCGAAUUCUAUUUCCAUACACGAUUUAACUGUCAUACCUAUGAAAAUCAGCAGUGCUGUUUGUCCUCGCUCGACGCGACAAACAAGCACUAUCCGAUAGUUAUCUUCACAUAUUGUAUGCCUCCUCGUAAUGUUACUUGGCUACUUGGAUAAUAGUAUUCGCACUUACUGUAGCCGGAUAUUUAUCAUGCCAACAUCAUUUCCCUCUCUUUUUAAUGCCUCUUUCCCUACAUAUAAAAGGAAAUCUAUAAUAUAAAUGAGAAAAUAUUCUUCGAAAAAACGCUUCCUUUCUCUCUACUCGAAUUUUCAACGUUCACCGCUUCUUACAUACCGAUUCAUAAAUAUUGUAUAUAAUAUAUACAUACAAUUGUGUGUAUAUAUACAUAUAAAUCACAUACUCGCUCUGGGAUACAAACGGACUAUUGUAUAUAAGAGAUUGUACGAGUUCGUUUAAAAUAUAUAAAAAGAACGUUUUCUGUUAAUUAUUGAUAUAUUACUUUUUCAAGUUCCCGACACAUUUUUCGAAACUACUUUAAACAAAUUUUAAUUUUAGAUGAAUUUUAGAUAAACGUAUAAAAAUAAAUUAACUAAAAUUUAAAAUAUAUAAAAAUAUGUUUUAUAUUAAUUGUCUAUCCAUCAUUUUCUUGGUACUUUUUAAAAAUAAAGAUUCUCAAUAAGCAAAAACUUAUAUAGUGUAACAUUUUUUUAGUUUGUCAAUAAAGUAUGGUGACAAUAAGACUCAGACAUUGCAUCUAUCGAACACAAACUGUGGCAUUACAUAAAAAAUCUAUCACAUAUGCAUCAUGCGAAAAUUACAUAGCAUUAAACGAAGACAUUUGACCUUUUGCUCUGAAGGUCGUAGAAAUGUUAAUCUAGCGGAACCAACACUCCACCCUACAGGUCUGAUAUCAAGGGGAUGAAUCUAAAUCGAUAAAACAGAUAUCAAGUGACUACAUAUAUGUAUCACAAGACAUUUCUACUUAUAAUUUAUAAUCUUCGAUGAGAGAAUAGUGUCACACUUCAUAAUGCAAAAUGAAGCUUGCAUAUUUUAUUUAUUGUCCCUUCAUUUUAUAAUAUAAUUGGAAUUAUAAAACGAAGAUGUGUGUGUGUGUGUGUGUGUGUGUGUGAUUGAGAAAAAGAUAACAAAUUUAAUUGGCACUGGAAUCGAUUGGAUUGUUUCCUCCGUAAAUGAUAAAUUAAGCCUUAAGACAUAAAUAUUAAAUAAAUAAAAGUCAUUAAAAUUAUGUUAUAAUUAUUAAUUUAUAGCAUUAAUAAAAAAUAUAUCAUUUUUGCCUACGAAAUCUAAUAAAAAAGAAUAUAAUUAAAUAAGUAUUACUAAUAAUUAAAUUUAAAAAGUACAAGUAAAUUUACAAUAAAUGGCAAAUGUCACUCACAAAUUUAUUCUCUACACGUAAAAAUAUAUUAAAUUAUUUUAAAAGAUAAGUGUUCAACAUAAAUUGUUCUACAAUAAUAUUCAAUACAAAAAAUAAACAACAAUAAAUAAAAAAUCAAAAUCAAAAUCGAAUUAUCGAUCUGUGUCAAUCUCUCUUGUGCUUUCUACCGUUUAAUUAUAUCUCGACGUUCCAGAAGUUUCGUGAUUCGUCCUCACAACCACAGAAUAAGCCCAUCAACUGAGUCGUUUCACUCAAGCAUUCCACCAUGGAGAGAUAAUCCCACUCCCAUGAAAAGCGUGAUAUACCACAGCGCAAGCUCCGUGCGAGAGACCCGCGAGUCGCACAACCGACUGGCAGACUUGUUUUCAAACAGUCGUCGGAGCUAGUCGAUUGCAUGGCUAGCUCGCGCACAUUCGCGUGCUUGCGAAUUUCUUUUUCGGUGGUGAAAAGGUCGCGACAAAAUGACGAUUGAUUUCGCAAAUUGCGAACGGAAAUGAUCGCAGAGUCAUCAUUGAUGAUUCAACGAGAAACGCAUAUCGAUCGUUUUUGUGUGAAAUUAAUUCUAUUGACAAAAUGACGCGAUUUCUUCGUAAUCAAAUGCCACUUGUGUGUAAAUAUAAUUAAUAAUCAAGUGCAAAUUUUUGUGAAUAUUUGAGAUAAAGACAUGAAUUGAGAGACGAUGAAAGUGGUGAAAGUUUUUGACCCGAUAGUGAAACGUAAGAAAGAACAAGGAAAAGAAGAAGACGAAGAAGUCCGUCGAUUUCAAAGCGAGCGAAUUACCAAUCUUUGACGAACACUACUUUUCACUUUGGCCAAUAUUCACCGCUGAAGAAAAUAACGGGUUUUCGAGCUUGAAUAUCAUCUCCUGUACAAUUUCGACGAAAUGGCAUGACGACGGUGCGUCACGGCGCGUUCGUGCUUACAAGAGGAUGGUAGCUAUAGCAAAAUGAUCUAAUCGAUGGAAAUCGUGGCACACACAAGCACGCACUCGUCGACCGACUUCGUGAACUUAUACUUUCCAAACGGAAAUAGUAUGCGGGGAACGAGCGGAAAUUCGCAACAAAAUAUUUCGCCUCCCCACGUGUACAUUCCAUCGGGUAAUAUUACGAAAGUGAAAAUGGAGCUGUUGCGAGCGAUCGAUUCUUAGCGCGCAGCGAGUGCGGAUCUGUUGAUCUCUCUCGGUUCGUUGGGUUUUUUUUUUACUUUCGUAUGAGAAACGGCAUUUAAACUUUUAAGAAGUUGCUAUAGCCGCUCGUUCUGCGAGCGUGACUGAUAAAAUGUCGACAUAAAGUCGCCUGUUUUUUAUAUAACAUGUCCCGAGAGGAGGCAAAUAUAAUAUACACCAGAUUAUUCGAUACGAAAAUGAACGAUCAAGCUUGGACAGAAUUAAUUCUCGGGCGGUAACGUCGAUAAAAGAGUAACGGUCGAAACUUCAAUACUCGAAAUUUUUCGACAAGUUCGUGCUCGAAUUGUCGUCUUCUGCAUCACAUUUGUCUAUAAGUAAAUAAAUAAAUACAUAUAUAUAUACAUAUAUGUGACAUGGAUUAAAAAUUUAUGAGAUUGAAACCUGAAAAAUUCAACAGAAGAUCUUAAAAAGCAUCACGAAGGAUUGCAGAACAUCACGCCAUGGGUCGAAAGCAAAAGCGCCGCCUGAUACCAGAACAGGAUCGUAGAAUUUGCGGUAGCAUAUGCUUCUUCCAGUUCACUUUCGUCAUCAGCUGCGUGGCUUUGGUUUACCUCGGGGUGGCGAUCUACGCGCCGUCGUACAGAGCUUUCCACAUUGGCAUCGAGCCGGAACCGGUGAUGUGCCAAACCGUUAAUGCCUCGAUGGUGAAUAAUUGCGGCUGGGCAAGCUGCGGCGAGUGGUGUUUGACGAAGACGAGCGGCUUUUGUCCCCAGUAUCACGCGACCGUGAGACGUAAUGGCACCGAUGUGAUUUUCGAAAAUUGCACCAAGUUCAGCACCAUCGCGUGCCCUCAGGUUAACAUGGGGAGCAUGAAGAGAUACAAUUGUAACAACGGCAGCGAGUGCAGCAUGUUGACGGGGGUAUUUAACUGCAGCCUUGGACAUUGCUCGAACAUGAGCGAACUAAUGCUCUGCCAUCAUAAGGCCGAUGGAAUCGUCGUUGAUAGCGACAAGGAUAACAUGAAACUGAACGGCUUCUUUAGCUGUCAACACUCGAGAUGUACGAAAAUUAAGAACGCCUUCACCUGCGACCGAUACUGCCCAAACAUUUCCACCAGCGAUGUCAAUGUGUAUCUAAUGCAGGAUGACAAUAUUAUAUCAGCCAGGUGCUCUCGUGGGAUGGCCUUAAAUAAAGCGAAUGGUAGUCUACCUGGUAUCAGAUUGAACAAGCCUGUUAAAAUCUGGGACGAGCGGAACGGCAGUAUCGUUGCGAGCUGCUUCGCCGUAACAAAGGACGGCAAUGUCAUCAGUACGGAGGAUUGCGUGAAUGGUACGUUGUUGGACGGAAUUCCGGUCUCCGAACCGUCCAUUAACUUUACGAGCUUCCUGAAAAUUUACGAGAAGAGCUUGCAGAAUUUGGCAGACCCCACAAAUGCCUACGUCCCGGCACAGCAAUCUCUGACGAUCUAUAAUACUUCACGAUUGUAUAUCAAUAUCGAUCGUUGCGUUAAUACCCUGAGGGGCGAGUGCAAACAAUUCCAGCUCACUCAUGGUCGCGACGGCGACAACCAGACUGCGCAAAGUAGAUACCCUUGCUAUUACAACAAGAACGACUCGUUCUUCGUGGUUGCACGUUUCGAUCUGAAGAAGACGCGGAUGGAGCUGAUGAUCGCCGUUAUCGUACCGGCUGGACUCUUCAUCAUCAGCGUGAUUACCCUGAUUAUCAUUUCGCGAUCGGUGAAGGUGGGAGACGACGCGAAGAUGCGAUGCAGAUAUUGCGUUGACAAGCAAGAGAUCGAGGGAGAGGACGAAGGGCUCGUAGAGGCUCCAUCCUCCGCGACUCCAAGUCAGGCUAACGAAAACGAGAUCAGAAGUAUGUCCCUUUAGCAGUACAAGCCACUUGGUAUAGGCACUACACUGGGUUAUGAAAGGCUGCCAUUAAUCGACAUGGACGAGGCUGAGGAUUCCUUCUAGAAGAAAACAUGAUGCCUACUUUUUUGAAGGAUCGUCAAUAAUGGAUAGAUUUAUCCCAAAGAAAAAAAAACUUAAAAA